AUGACAUCUACAAAAGCCGUCAAGUCAGCAACACAGGAUGUCAAGGUCCCAAAAAGGUCCUCAAAAAAAGAAAAGACGAGCCAAAUUACACAGAAAGAUGGUAAUAAGGUCCCCAAAGUGGAUAAACUGUUGAAGGAUAGUGUAAUGGAUGUCAAGUCAAAGGAUAAGAAAUUGGAUAAAAAGCUUAAAAGUCACAACCAAGAUACAAAGCCAAAAGAAGCCAAAAAGACAAAAAUACAUAUCGAUGAAAUAUCUAAAGAGUCAAAAGAAGAUAAGUCUUCAAAAGGAUCAAAAAAAGACAAUCUUUUAAACGAGGCAAAAGAAAAUAAGUCUUCAAAGGAGUCAAAAGAAAAUAAGCUUUCAAAGGAGUCAAAAGAAAAUAAGCUUUCAAAGGAAACAAAUCCUCAAAAGAUUCAAAAAAUGGAAAAAAAGGCCGAGAUUCGAAAAAGAGUAAUCACAAGUCGGGAAGAACUCCACGCCCAUGUUUCUGAGGAUUACUUCUCUCCACUUAAGACAACUGGGGCACCUUUUAGAAGGGUAGAUCCAAAUCUCAUAAAUUCUGAUGAUGUUAAAACAUUUUCUCAGUAUAAGGAUCCAACCACUUCAUAUGGGGACAAGGCAUUUUCUGACUUGGGUGCAACCCGCGGAAGAGACUUUCGCUACGAAAAAAACAAAAAGAAGAAGGGUUCAUAUCGCGGUGGAUUUAUUGACACCGGUGUGCAUUCCAUUCGAUUUGGUUAG